AUUCUUACAGGUUUGGAACAACUUGAGGGCGAGUGAAUGAUGACAUAAUAUUCAUUUUUGGGUGAACUAUCCCUUUAAGCAUAGAAACAAAUUUGAACGUGACAACUGGGUGGGAACGUUUAACAGAAAGCUUCGUUUUCUCGCCGGAUCGUUUUUAGUUGUCGAACCAACAAGGCAAGCAGGAUGGAAGUGAGGGAUGCCAAUGCUGCAAUGCUGAGCAAUUAUGAGGUCUAUCAGCUCCUGACAGACCUUAAAGAAAAAAGAAAGGAGACUGUUAAAAAUAAGCACAGCACCGGGCAGCAGAAUCUCAACACCAUCAUGUAUGAGACCCUGAAGUACCUCUCCAAUACACCGUGUGUUCAUCAGAAUCCAGAGAAUGUGAAGGAGUUCCUCGCUGCCAUGCUGCCUCACAAGCUCACUAAAGCUGAAAAGCUGCAGCUUCUUAACCACAGACCCCAGACUGCUGUUGAGAUCCAGCUGAUGGUAGAGGAGAGUGAAGAAAGACUGACAGAAGAACAGAUCGAUGAACUGAUACAGAAAGUCACAGACAUCCUGCCUGGUGACCCCCAGAAAGAAGGCGAUGCAUCUGCCGACCCUGUGAUGGAGACAGACCAGUAGCAUCAGCCAUGGAAUUUUUUUAAAUGCUUUCAUUCCCAAACACGCAAGAAACUGAUUUCAGAUUUGUUGACAGUGCUAAUACUUCAGUAUACUUUUGAUCAUCAUUAUAUUAUUAUAAAAUAUAUUCUUUAUAACAUUUUAAUAAAAAUGUCAGCCAUGGGUAAAUUUAGAGCCAAAAGUGAUGUCUAUAAAAGUGUGUAUUUAUGUAACCUAAUGUAUAUAUUGUACAGGCUUAUGAUAAAAACAAAAAACCACAAAAAAAAAAACACUUUGUCAGCAUUUUUUUUUUCAAACCCAUUUGUAGUUGCAUUGAUCUUUCAGAGGGGAAGUAUGUAAUCUUCUGGAGUCAAGACAAUCUCACUUCCUCUUUAAAAUCCUUCCUGUACUGUUUCUCUUUAAUUUGGUUUAUUAUCAUGUUGUAUUAUUGACCAUUUAAGGUGCGAACUGAGAGUGACUUAACAAAGCAAACCCGGCCGUUUAUCAUUUGUCAACCUGUGUGAAUAUGAGAUGUCUGUGUGACUGCAAGUUUCUACUGAGCUCUUAUAACAAGACUUUUAUCCAUAAAGUUGCUUAAUGUGAUGCUUUUGUAAUUUAAUUGUCUCACAAUCGAAUCGUAAAUAGACGUUUUUAUCGUCUAUUUUAUCGUAAAUAGACUCAUUUCAGCUCCCCACAAACAACAGGAGUAAAGUGACAAUAACAGUCGUUAUUUUUUAAUAAAUCUGACGACCAUAUGUAUGAUUUUAUUGAUUGAAAUAUAUAUUCUCAUUGACAUAAUUCCACUGAGGAGAAAAGAGACUGAUAGACGUCGACAGGAGUUUGAUUUAUGACAGCAAUGCCAUGUCAUAUAGAGAAAGCCAAUGAAAACCAUCUGAUUGGCAAUAGACGUUUGCUGUAACCAAUGAAAUUUGAGAGUUCCUCUAUAGCGCUGUGGUAACUGGUAUGAAUUUAAAACCUCUACUUGUAAUUCAGGUUUUCGCUGGAAUCAUUCCUCACAUAGACAGAAAUUCGCGAGAAAUGUGCUCGCGGUGUAAGACUGUCUCUCUCAACGUUAGAGCUUCAUAGCUCCCUUUACACGAUCUUCGCGUCUGCAUUUCAUCAGAGAGACGUGAUUCUGGAGAAUGUAGGAUUCGAGGAGUUGUACUUUCUGUACGGCACAAUGGUGCUGACAGAGAACAUAAGGCUUGACUUACCAAGUCUGAGUUUAUUGAAGCCCCAAGCAAGGGCCUGAAGAGCUGCUGGCUGGGGAAAAAAAAUCUCUUCCCUCCCCCAAAAACUGUUUUACCUAAGCUGCCGUUCUACAUUUUUUCACCGUGACCCUUUCUGGAAAGCAUUCGCUCUGUCUUUCCAAGAUCCACCCUGACCUUUUUCCCGCUUCUUUCUGUGAAGUCUGUUUUUCCAAUUUUGCUGGUCUCAUUCUUUUUUUUUUUUUUAUGACCACAGACCGCAUUCUCCCCUAACUAUAAGUCAUGAGAAAACAAACAUGCAACAUUCUCCUGAUCUGUGUGGUCAUCAGCUCCAUCACGGUG